GAAAAGAAGAAAUUAGGCAUCCAUCUACUACUGGAGGAACAGAUUUUCACACAUUUAUGACUUCAUCUGAAUCACCCCCGCCAUCCCCUAUCCUAUCUCACGCGACGCGUCGAGAGGCUAUCCACAAGCAAGGACGUAUAGAACGCUCUAGCUCUACGUCCAAUCACCGUCUUUCCAAAGACCAUGGCGUCUCAUCCAACCGUGACCUCGCCCGAAUGCUACUCCAUGAAGAACGCGAGGCGAAAGACCUUCGGAGGAUGCUAUUGACUAUCACAGAGCAGUUGAGGCAGGAGUCGCAUCGAGCUGACGAGAACGAACGGCGAGCUAAGGAAGCUAUAUUCCGCUUCAAAGCUGUUGAGGAGGCCAGAGCGACUGCGCAGGCCGAAGCUGCCAAAGCCAACGAGGAACUGCGAAUGUACAAGCUGCAGCUGGAAAACGCACAGCGCGAAAUUAACAAGGCACAGGAAAUACUGAACUCCGUUGAGGACCAGCGAUAUGAGGCGGAGGCAAGCGCAGCUCGGGCAAGGACCACGGCCAGGAAGCUGAAGGAACAACGGUUGAUUGACUUGGCACGGGAGGAAGGAAGGAGAAUUGGGAUACAGGAGGGUAUAUCCAGAGGGAGGCGUGUUGGUUUCGAAAACGGGAGGGUUGCUGGAUUUGAACAGGGGCGGUCAACAAAUGGGGGACGUGCCAUGUUCCUCUCGGACGAGCCUGACGACACUGCAUUGUAUGAACCCGACGCAGAUCUUGAGGACCCUCCUCUUACCCCCAUCGAUCUUAUCGAGGAGCCUAUGCUCAACUUCCCUACCCCACGACCUACCGCACCUCCUGACCCCGUUCCUGAACGUAUUUCACCGCCCAGGUCACAUACUUCUUCGCGCGCACCAUCAGUCAUGACACAGGAACCUCCUUCAGCAGCUGUUCUCUCACCUUCUUCAGGAAUUCACCCCACGGUUACUCACAAUAUGGCGUCACCCGUCCGGCAUCCACAUAACUUCAUUCCGCCUGAGGGCUACAUACCCCGCGCAGAUCCGGACUCCAUGAUUCGUCUGCCGCCGCCGCACGAGAUGCAACGAGCCCCUCCCACACCUGAGAGCGUUUUACGCAGAAUUCCCGAAGAAGACUUCCCUCUCAUGAUUCCUAACCCAUCUUCGCGCCCGUAUCCUUCCGAAGCAUCUAGUGUGCGCCGUGACUUUCCACAUAGGCGACCUAUCUCGCCGGAAUCUCAAGGUUCCACGACGAUUUCUCAGUUCGAACUUGUCAGUGAACCCUCGAUGACACGACCCUCUCGAAACCGACCGCUUUCGACUGGUUUGAGCGUCAUUCAAGAAGUUUCUAGUGGUUAUCCUAGUCCAGCUAAUAAUGCAAAGAGCCUUGCAGGCGACACUCCCUCCCGCCCUACUUCU